CUUCUCAAAAAAUUAUUUUAGAACUUUUCUUUCAAAACAAAUGGAACUUCUUCGGCCGACGUUAGAAACACUAGUUAUUGAUAAGAAAAGAGGGCAAGAUUUGGAAAAUUUUUUCAAUACACUGCCUGCAACUUCUGAUUUGUUAGAAGCAACAUUGGGUUGUGUUGCAGCCAAAUCUUUACAAUCAGCACAAAUAUUACAACAAAUAUCUCUAAUUGAUUGGAAUAUAAAUGAAAUACCUUCUGAACAUUCAAAUUAUGUUUACAGCAUUUUAAAAGUUUUUAAUUUAUUUUUUAUUUUUAAUCUAUUUUUUAAGGAGUUUGAGUCCACUAAAGAAAUUCUUUGUAAAUUAUCUGUGUAUGUACAUAUCAGUGAGGAAGUUAAUUUUAUGAUUUGGUCGAUGAUGUCGAUGUGUACAGUGCGACUUCUUGUACGAGGUUAUUCUGAAUCCAAUAAAUGUAGUAAUGAAGGAAGAGCUCUUCAAUUAAUGGAUGUUGAGCAUUUAUUCAAAAAAUUAGAAGAACUUAUAGGCUUCAGGCCAUUCCCGCAUCGUCUUUACGUUGAAAACUACGUAAAAGCCUUCUUUUUGCCUAGCGAUGAGUUGAACGAAUGGAUUGUUAGGCAUACGGAAUACACUUUAAGUCAAACUGGUGCUCUUUUAAACGCUUCUAUUUCCAAUGCUCCUUCGGCAACAAAGAAAGCAGUUACAAUGUCAAGAAUAAUGGUUAACUUGCUUGAUGCAAGUGGAAUAAGUGAUGGCAGCAAUUCUUUUUUUCAUUAA